GGGGAACGUUUUUCUUAGAACACAUUGCGCUCAGAGUUGUCCCAAUAUAUUAAAGUGGUGGAAAAAUGGCUCCUACUUGUGCAACUCAUGUAUUCAAGCUAAUUGUUUCUUUCAUGGCCUUAUCUUCAUUUUCCCAUGCCUAUGAUCAUGACCCUUUACAGGAUUUCUGUGUUGCUGUGCCCGAUGCUUCCGCAGCCGUUUUUGUGAACGGGAAGAUUUGUAAGAGCCCAAAGUUGGUCACUCCAGAUGAUUUUCAUGCAACGGGAUUAAAUGUUCCUUCAAAUACCAACAAUUCAUUAGGAGUUGGGUUAAAUGUGGUCAGCGUGAACCGGGUUCCCGGCCUCAACACUCUUGGUUUGACUGUAGUUCGGGUUGACUUUGCACCCAACGGUGUCGUCCCUCCUCACGUUCAUCCUCGAGCAACAGAGGUACUUGUCGUUUUAGAGGGUACGCUCUAUGUUGGCUUUGUCACGUCAAACCCAAGCGAUGGCACGAAAAAUAGGCUAUUUUCAAAAACCUUGAAUGCCGGGGAUGUUUAUGCCUUCCCACCCGGCCUUGUGCAUUUUCAAAGGAAUGUGGGAAACACCACAGCCUUGGGCAUUGUAUCGUUCAAUAGUCAAAAUCCUGGAAUUGCUACGAGUGCUAAUUCAAUUUUCGGGUCUGAUCCUCCUAUUUCUUCCGAAGUUCUCACUAAAUCAUUUCAGUUAGACAAAAAGACAGUUGAUUACCUCCAGUCACGUCACUGGAUCUAGUAUGGAGAG